CCUCCCAAAGCCUCUACACUACGGAGUUUCUUAAGCCAUCGUCUCUCUGCCAGUCCCGCCCUCCCGCGUCUUCCCCUUCCAAAGAGAGGCCCCCUUCUUUCAAUCUUCUCCCGCUUUACCGCACUCGGUCUCGUACCAUCUUUUCUCUUUUGUUCCUCUCUCUCAAGUCUGCACCAAGGAUCAAAAAACACACUUUCCACAAUCUGCCCGAGCAAUCGCAAUCGCGACCACCGAUCGGCCGACCGAUAGCAUCCGGAUUUGGCACCAAAAUCGCCAGCCCUCUAUUUCCGUCCUUUGGGAUUUCCGCGAGAGCCCACUCCGCCGCCCCCCCUUUACUGGCCCUUUACUGGUAACCUAAUCAACCUCGACGAGAACGACGAAACCCAUUCUCCUUUUCUACUCGCAGCCGUCAAACAAAAUCAACAACCUCACCCCUACCGGCAUCCCGUCGCGGGCCAUGACAUGACGUUCCGGGGCCGCCGACUAGGAACAGAAAGACCGCGAUAGGGACCCCUUCGAACUCAGACCCUCCCCGGGUGGCACACACGGACGGGACGGGUCUCGGCCGCCGCCGCCCAUGGCCAGGAAGCGGCGCACCAAGAAGCGCAACAAGGGAACCAGCACACGACCAGACCCCGCGCAGGGCGCCGAGUCCAGCAUGUCCACCACCGACGAGCUCGCCUCCCACUCCAGCGAUGGCCUGUCGAGCGGCAUGCGCGACACCGGGAGCGCCGCCACCGAGAUGACGAGCGUCAUGGGCAGCACCGAAGAUGGUUCGCAGGCCGGUCUCGAGGCCGACGAGGAGUGGAAUUCGCAAGAGGAGGAGGGCAUGGAGGUUGACGACGAAGAUAAUUUCUCUGUUUUCGCGCCGAGUCACUACCCUCGACCGAGCGAGUCGCAUCGCACCGAGAUGCCUUAUAUGACGUCGCCGAACCACCAAGAUAUGUCGUCAACGAGGUCGUUCAUGGAGCGAGAGUUGGACUACCAAUGGGAAAACGGUCGUCGAUACUGCGGAUCCCACUACCACCUUCCAAACGACGAGUGGGAAAUGUGCCGCAUGAGCUUAAUCCACAGAGUCUACCUCCACGUUUUCGACGGCAAGCUGAGCACGGUACCGAUGGAGAACCCACAGAGGAUACUAGACGUCGGCACGGGCAUUGGCGAGUGGGCGAUAGGCAUGGCGGACGAGUUCCCCAACUGCGAGGUCAUUGGCACAGACAUUUCCGCCAUAGCGCCCACGUCAAUACCGAUGAACUGCUUUUUCGAAGUCGACGACGCCGAGCUCGAGUGGGAGCGCGAGCUCAACUCGUUCGACCUGGUACACUUCCGCCACAUGAUGGGCGCCUUCCUCGACUGGAAUUUUAUCUACAAGGAGGCCUUCAAGGUCAUCCGCCCCGGCGGCUGGAUCGAGCUGCUGGACUGGGACGACCAGCAGGGUUUCAAGAAGUUCCUCUCAGAGUUCCCUCCCACGUCCGAGAUCCACGAGCUCUCGAGAGACCUGACGCAGGCGGGCGUCAAGGCCGGGCGGGCGAGAGGCGUCGCGCACAUGAACCCGAAGCUGUUGACGGACGCCGGCUUCACCGAUAUCAAGCUGACGGAGCACACGAUACCUAUUAAUCUCGAGUCGAGCGAGGGCAAGCUCUGGCUGAUUGCCUGCAUCGACGGCCUGGAAGCCGAGUGCCUGCGGCCGCUUACGAAGUACAUGGGCUGGGAGCCCGAUCACGUCAAGACGGCGUGCCACAACGUCGCGAGAGAGAUGGCGCGCCUGGCGAGGGAUCCGAUCAAGUCGCAUGGUCUCAUCGUCAAGGCGCGCGUAUUGGUGGGAAGAAAGCCGACGACUGCGGUCACGCCGCCGAGGGUGUACCCGAUUUUUAACGACGACGCGGAUGAGACGGAUGAUACCGCGCGUGAGGAUGCUUGCAGCAGACACCAUGGCGAUGACGAGUCCGCCGUUGAGACGGCGGUCUGAUUUAUCGAAUCACCUACUUGCCUUCACCUUCUUGAAGGUGAGGCGAGUACAAUAAUUUCGGCUCUAUCCGGGUGACGAACGGCCCGGGCCUAACUAAACUAGAGCAACCGCUAUUACCUUCAUGUUCACUUGCAUAUAUCGCAACUUUCCACACCGGCAGAAGAGCUUGGCUGGUCAUAUUUAAAAGCGAUCAACAAACUUGCAUAGCUCCCACUUAUUUUACCUUACCUUCUAUGGAAACCGGACGGGGUCGAGAAAAAGUACCUUGCCUUUAAAAGCGAUCAACUGAGGAUACUCCUCGUAUCAAAAUGGCGGAUGGGAGGUUCGAGGAGAACUCGAGGUGCACCAUUGUGCAGACCAAAGGGGUUGAGAGAUAUCCUAGCUACUAGGCAGAUUAAGGAUAGUCAUCGAAUUUAAGAUGAAAAUAGACGAAG